AUGCCCCAAAAAAUCGAGGAAAUAAAAGACUUCUUGCUCACAGCCAGGAGAAAAGAUACCAAAUCUGUCAAGAUCAAGAAAAACAAAGACAAUGUGAAGUUUAAUGUUCGAUGCAACAGGUACCUGUACACGUUGGUCAUCACAGACAAAGGGAAGGCAGAGAAACUUAAACAGUCCCUGUCUCCUGGUUUGGCUGUGAAGGAGCUGAAGUGA